UAUUUUAGAUUUCCAUUUAGUAAUUCAUAUUCAUCAGUCCUAAAUAGUUCACGUGUUGUGACCGCGCAUCCUUUAAUCAUUUAUUGUCUAUUGACUUAGUCAAUUUAACUAUUAUUAUAUUUGCUGAUAUCUUAAAAUAUACGUACAUAAGUCGGAGAAUUGCACCGUGCUAUUAUUAUAUAAUUCAUAUCUAUAAUCAAACAAAUUUAUCAUGACAUCAACAAAUACAUUGGAGGAUAACAUCAAAAUGUUACAACAGUAUGUUGAAUAUUUUCCAGAUUUCCCUAAACCAGGAAUCUUAUAUAAGGAUAUAUUAUCAUUGUUAAGCCAUAGUGAUGGAAUAAAAUUGUUGGAGACAAUAUUGAAACAAAUUGCUAAUCAAUUGCGUGGUAAAGUAGAUUGUAUAGCAAUGUUGGAGACUCGUGGUUAUAUUUUUGCUCCAAUACUUGCUUUACAUCUCAAUGUACCAUGCAUACCUGUUGCUAAAAAGGGAAAUUUACCAGGUCCUGUUAUUGAAACAUCAUAUAUUUUAGAAUAUGGAGAAGAUAUUUUGACAGUACAAUUAAAUAGCAUUAUAAAAGGACAGAAGAUAUUCAUAGUGGAUGAUUUUCUUGCGACUGGCGGUACCUUAGAAGCUGCUACAAAGUUAAUACAAAAAGCAGGUGGAGAAGUUGUGCAAGGAUUGGUCUUGAUGGAAAAAUUAGAAUUAGAAGGACGUAAAAGAUUAAAUUUUCCCAUGAUAUCGUUAAUGUCUGAAUAACUGUUGAAAACAAACUGCUUAUUUUAAUUUAACUCUGUGCAUUAAAUAAUUUAUAACAAUAUCUUAUUAYUAUUAAAAAAAAAAUGUAUCCAU